UUGAUGAGGAGGUUAUUAACCGACAACACACUAGAACUCUAGAAAUAUGUCACGAGAAACUAUCAGCUUGAAAGGCAAACUCAAGUGUGAGAACAACAGCGACGAGGAAAAAGAUAGUAUUAGUUUAAAAGAUUUAGGCUUCUCUCUAGAGAAACUAAACCUUGGUCCAAAAAAGAAACUUCUUGUUCUCGGCUUUGGUGGAUUUCUCUGUCAUAGAGUUUUCCGUUAUGACCAGCCCAAGAUUCCAACUUUUCGUCGUCCUGAUGCAGCUUAUGGAAACAAUUUAGUUUACAUAAGGCCUCACUGUAAAGAAUUCAUCAAGUUUUGCUUGGAAAGAUUUGAAAUUGGAAUAUGGUCAUCGGCCAAGGAGUAUAACUUGGAUAGUACUCUAGAAUGCAUAAUGAAAGGAUUGAAGAGCAAAUUGUUGUUUGCUUGGGGGCAAGAGAAAUGUACUGAUACCGGUUUCGGCUCCUUGGAGAAGAAAGACAAGCCUCUGUUUCUAAAGGAGUUGAAGAAAAUAUGGCAAAACAAUAAUGCUGCACUUCCUCGGUGUAAAGGGCAAUUCAGUCAAUUGAACACACUAUUAAUAGACGACAAGCCGUACAAGGCGCUGUUAAAUCCUGUCCAUAACGGAAUCUUUCCUAGUCAAUACAAUAUUGAUGACACUAAAGAUGACGCUUUUGGUCCUAAAGGUGAGCUGAGGAUGUACUUGGCAAAAUUGGUGGCUGCGAAGGAUGUCCCUUCUUUUGUGAAGGAACAUCCAUUUGGUCAGCCUCCCAUAACGCCUAGCCAUUCCCAAUGGAAAUACUAUUCUAAGGUUGUUCGUAAGUUUCAGAAGACCACAGCUUGAUUAUGUAAUAGUGUGUUCUAUGUUCUUGGUAUUGUACUGUUUUUGAAGUUGUAUGAAAACAUUUGCCUAUGUUAUCGCACUUUAUGAUGUGAAGUUUGUUUAUAGAGUUUCUUCCUAGCUUUUUACAUGUUAGCCUAUAACAUUUUUUAUUGGCCCAU